AUGAACCCCAUCAUGGUUGAAUCACCUCACAAGGAUGGCAGAUCUUCUGACGAGGAGAAGAACACUGCCAUCCCGCAGACCGAGUCUGCUGCUCGUCCUGAAGGCUCCGACUUUGAGUCCGAGGGUGAGUAUCAAGAAGGUAUUGAGCGCGUGCGCGCCAUUACCUCGGUGUGGACUAAAAAGACCCUGGUCAGCAUGUUCUUGAUGCUGUACUUGAUCUCUUUUGUCGACAUGAUCAUGAACUAUGUCGAUUCAGCUCUCAACCCGUACAUCACUUCCAGUUUCGGUGCUCACGGUCUUCUCAACAUUGGAAGUAUCUUGGCUUCCAUCAUUGGAGCCUGCGCUCCUCUUCCCCUCGCCAAGGCCAUCGAUGUCUGGGGUCGAGUUGAAGGUUUUGCCUUUAUGAUGGUCGUUUGCCUCGUUGGCAUGAUCAUGAAGGCCACAUGUACCACCGUCCAGAUGUACAUCGGUGCUCACAUUCUUUACUGGGUCGGCCAUAUCGGAAUCAUGUAUGUCAUUGGUGUUAUGCUGGCUGAUAUGACUACCCUGACCAACCGUGCUUUCAUCUACGGUAUCAACACAACACCUCGUAUCGUCGCUACCUUUGCCAGUCCCGAGAUCGCCACUGGUUUCUACGAAAAGCUCAACUUCCGCUGGGCAUUUGGAGCUUUCGCCAUCAUUAUUGCCGCGUGCAGUAUUCCUGCUAUGGCUACCAUGAUUUACAUGUUCCGCUCAGCGACCAAGCAGGGCGUCAUCACAAGACAGCGAUCCAACCGCACAUUCCUCCAGUCUUUCAAGUUCUACUUUAUCGAAUUUGACAUUAUCGGAAUCUUGCUCCUCUGUGCUUGUAUCUCUUGCUUGCUUCUGCCCUACAGUCUGGCUCCUUACGCCCCCAAGGUCUGGGCAACACCUUACAUCAUCGCCCUCGAGGUUCUCGGCGUCGUUCUGAUCCCCAUCUUCUACAUCUGGGAAGCAAAGGUGGCACCUGUUCAGUUCUUACCCUUCAAGUACCUCAAGCAGGGAACCAUUAUCGGCUCAUGCUUGCUCAACGCCAUCAUGUUCCUGUCCACCUUCAGCUGGAACGCCUAUUUCGGCUCUUAUCUCCAGGUUGUCAACAGGCUGAGCAUCUCCAACGCCAACUACGUCCUCAACGCCUACUCCCUCACCUCUUCCGUCAUUGCGCCUGGAGUCGGAUGGUUUGUUGCCCGCACUGGCAACAUCAAGUGGACUGCCAUGGCUGGUGCUCCCAUUAUGCUUCUGGGUACCGCUCUGAUCAUCCCCUUCCGAAAGGAGGAUACCAACGUCGGUCUUUUGGCCCUGACCCAGAUCCUCGUCGGUUUCGGUGCUGGUGUUUUCUCCACCGUCGACCAAGUCGCUGUCAUGGCCCCCGUCACUCAUCAAUACCUCGCCGUCACCAGCGCUCUUUCUGGUCUCUUUGGCGGUGUUGGUGCUGGUAUCGGUUAUGCCAUCGCCGGUGCUUUCUGGAACAAUGUCAUGCCUGUUCAGCUGGCCCAGCGUCUACCUGAGUCUGCCCAGGCUAAUGUGUCCGUCAUUUUCGGCAGCAUUGAGGUCCAAAAGUCUUUUGCUGAUGGUUCGCUCGAGCGUGAGGCCAUUGUUGGUGCGUAUGCCCACACUAUGAGACUCAUGGCCAUUACCGGUGUUGCCACCAUGCCUCUUUGUGUUCUUUCCAUCAUUAUCUGGAGGAACAUCAAUGUCAGGAAGGUGGAAGAGGAGAAGGGCAAGCAGACCAAGGGUAUGGUCUUUUAA